CUCCUACACGACCUUCACCUCCACCCACGCCCCAAUUGACCGUUUCCCCUACCCGACGUUCCCGAGCCAGCUUCACAUCAACAUGUUGGCUCGAUCGGCACUGCGCACGGCGCGCUCUGCCGGUGCUGCAGCCCGCAAUGCUACCUCCAGAACGGCUACGCGUCCUGCCUCGACAUCCAGCUCGACCGCUGAGGAAGCAGCCUCGGCCUGGAAGACCACAGCCCUCGGAUCUGGCGCCACCGUGUUCGCGGUUGGAUCAGUUGCCUGGUAUUAUCAUCUCUACGGGCGAAAUGUCGAUGCUAUGACGCCGGCGGAAGAAGGUCUUCAUCCAACGCAGUACCCAUGGGAACAUCAAAAAUGGUUCAAGACAUUUGACCAUCAAGCCCUCCGCCGCGGAUUCCUGGUCUACCGCGAAGUCUGUGCAUCCUGCCAUUCCCUCUCUCGAAUCCCUUACCGCUCUCUCGUCGGUAACAUCAUGACGGUUGACGAGGCGAAGGCCCUCGCUGAAGAAAAUGAAUACGACACCGAGCCCAACGACGUGGGUGACAUCGAGAAGCGCCCCGGAAAGCUUUCAGACUACCUCCCCGCCCCUUACAAGAACGAUGAGGCCGCCCGCGCAGCGAACAACGGUGCUUUGCCCCCAGAUCUAUCGCUCAUAACUAAGGCGCGGCACGGUGGCUGCGACUAUAUCUUCAGCUUGCUGACGGGCUAUCCGGAAGAGCCGCCAGCGGGUGCUGUUGUUCCAGAAGGUUUAAACUUCAACCCCUAUUUCCCCGGCACCGGUAUUGCCAUGGCUCGUGUGCUUUAUGACGAUCUGGUUGAGUACGAAGAUGGAACUAAGGCAACCUCUUCCCAGAUGGCAAAGGAUGUAGUGGAGUUCUUGAACUGGUCUGCCGAGCCGGAGAUGGAUGAGCGGAAGAAGAUGGGCUGGAAGGUGUUAGCUGUCACCAGCGUGCUGUUUGCGCUCAGCGUUUGGGUCAAGAGGUACAAAUGGGCACCAAUCAAGACGAGGAAAAUUGUCUAUUCUCCACCUAAACAGAAGAGCAUCCUCGAUCAGCUUCCCAAGCCAGACAAGAAAUCAUAAGCCAUGCCACGGCAAUCGCAUUUGGUGGGAGAACAAAGAGUCAAAGGGCCGGUGAAAGUGUGCGUGUGUGUCUUAUACUUGUACAGUGUCCGUUACUCAAAAGAACGAGAGUUAAGAUCUCCUGUUUGAUUCCAAGUGAAGCUGGUAUAGAUGCUUGGUUCUCUUUUCCUUGUUCUUCUUCUUUGUUAUGCGCGUGUGUGUCUGCUGAUGUAGGUAGUGUACCAUCAAUGCAGUUCCGUUCAACCAA